AUGGUUGGUGUCAAAGUUGAUCAUGGUGGCUCAGUAAGGAAUAAGUUAAAACUGGUUUACAUAAUGGAGUUGUCACAAAAUAUCACUGCUUCAAGUAAUCAUACGAAUCGAACAGCGAUAUUAGAAGACAGUGAAUGGUUGGAAUUUGAAGCUUUUCAGGAGCGACUCUUUUUGAGCAUGAGAGAUUUGGUAAUUUUUUUCAUCAUCCUCAUAAUACCAGGAAAUACUUUAGUGUUGAUCGCCACAUGGAAGGAAAGACGUCUUCAUCAACCAAAUAAAUAUUUUCUUGCUUUUCUUGCUGUCGCUGAUCUUCUCGUUGGUUUAUUUGUGGCUCCAUUCUACGCUUAUCAAACAGACCUGGAAUACACGAGCAGUGGCCGAGAUAAUAUGUCGAUUCAUCUGUGUCGUUUUAUGUUGUGGAUGGACACCUUUGCGUUAACAGCAUCUAUUUACUCGCUGACAGCAAUUAGUUGUGUGUUAUAA